CCCUCCCCCUCCCCCCCUCCUCUCUCUCUCCUUUUCUUGGGUUCAAGUACUUUCUCUCUCCUACUUUACAGCUUAGCCUCAAAUAGUCUGUCAAAUAAGUCCUCGCGAUUCCUUUGCUUCGUUUGGGUAGAUCACGAGCCCCUCUCUCUCUGGUUUUCUUUUCUUGAUUUCUUUCUCUGUUAUUUUUGGGUUAAUUCUCUUGUCAUCCCUCCUCUCUCUCUCUCUCUCUCUUUCUCUCUCUUUUGGAUUUUUUUUCAAUUUCCCUGAGUCUUGAUAAAGUAUCUUUUUUCCCACUCUCUCUAAUUCUUUAGAAUUCCUCUCUCUGGGUAUCCCCUUACCUGUACUUUUCUUCAAUUUGCAUCAAUGGAUUCCUUCAACCAGUCAUCUGGGUACUGUUACAGCCAUGGCUCAGAAGCCAUGGGAGAUGCAGAGUUCUCAGCCAUGCUUGAACUCUAUGUCCACCAUGCUCGAAACAUCCAUAACAUCUGCAUCUAUGACAAUCAAGAUGUCUAUGCUAAAUUCUCUCUCACUUCUUCCCCUGAUGAAACUCUGUCGACUCGAAUCAUCAAUGGAGGAGGUCGGAACCCGCAAUUCAAUGAAAAUCUUCAAAUGAAGAUCACCCAACCUGAUGCAGUUCUCAAAUGUGAGAUCUGGAUGCUCAGUCGAGCUCGCAAUUACCUCGAAGAUCAACUUCUCGGAUUCGCACUCGUGUCUCUCUCUACAGUUUUAGGCAAGGGUAAGAUGACUGAGGAUUUUACUCUCUCAUCGACCGAUCUCAUCCAUUCACCUGCGGGAACCGUGAGAUUGUCUCUCUUUCUAGACCCUAAUUCCUCUCAGCAAAAACAUAUACAGGAUACCAUGAAUUCUCAGACCCAUUCUCCCUCCUCGAUUUCUUCAGAGGUGGUCUUGUUAGACAGAAAGGGGGGAGAUGUUGUAGACCCAGUUGAGUACAGUAGCAUAGAAUUCCCUGACAUUAAUGCAGUGAGAGAAGAUCAACAGAUGGUUUCAGAGUAUUUUGCAACUAGGCCUAGCCCUGGUUCUCCAUUCUUGCAUUUGGGUUCCUCAUCUCAAGGAGUUGCUGACUAUGACAUGACUGUAAAUGCUUUUGAGGAGAAUUCAACUAGUCCUGACGAUUCUCCAAAGAAAUUAGGAAGUGGGUCUUAUCAAAGUCCAAUGGAGAAUCCAGAUUCUUAUGGAAAUUCAGGAAUUUUAAGUUCCACAACCACUAGUUUGAGCAAUAAUUCUGGGGAUUCAUCAGAGAAAAAGACCAAUUUGGGCACCGGAUCUCAUGUUGGGUCUGCCUCAGCUCAGAGCCCUGAGAAUUCUCCAGAGACCCCGACUUCGAAGAGAGCGAACGGAAUGAGCGAGAAAGAGGAGGCCGAGAAAGAUGGGCGUAACAUGGGUUCUGUUGAACUGGGUUCAGUUUUCACAUCUCCAUUAGUGAAUAUAAACCUCGAGCCUGAGCAAUCAGUGGUUCAACAACAAAUUGUCGAUAUGUACAUGAAAAGCAUGCAACAGUUCACUGAAUCUCUGGCAAACAUGAAGCUCCCAAUGGAUCUCGACAAGCAAGGGGCCGGAGAUGGUGGUGAUGCUAAGCUUAGCCAGAACAAGAUGGAAACAAAUAAGAAGAAGGAAGGACCAAGGGUCUUCUAUGGCAGCAGGGCCUUUUUCUAACUGAUUAGAAAUACAAGUUAUGGAUCCUUUUUAGGCCAACGAUUUUAAUUUCAUAUGUCCAUGACAUCUGCAAAUAAACACAGUAAAAUGAGGUAAGAUGUUAAGAUUCUGAUACCACUUUUGAUUCUGAGACCACCUUUCUCAUGAGCUGAUCUUACUCAAGUCUGCUUCAUAUGUUCAUCUAAGGUUAGUGUUGACACUAUUGUUGGACUGUUAUAAUCAUGUUUUAUGUGAUUGUCGCAAGGCCAAACUUUUUUUUGGUAUCUAUCUUAUGUAUUUAUGUCUGUAAUUUUGUAUCCCUUCUAAGAACAUUUCCCAUCGCUGAUUGCUUGAUAUUGUAAAAGGAGCACCCAUCCCUUCUUAGACCAUGUUAAUUUAUCUUCUGAGGGUAAAAUCUAUGUUGAUGUAUUGAUGCACUAACUGGGGUAUUCUCUAAUUUCCUGUGA